UCUGCCGGUAGUUUGAUCGGCCGCUCUGCAUGUAUGCGGUGCGACUGAUCGAUCGGUAGGUUGGUCGGUCAUUUAGCGGCAUUCGAGAGUACCACCCGACCGGUUGUUUUGCUGGUGGCUUAGCAAGACUUUGCUUGCUAACUCGAAAGGUGCGCUGCCGUACUGGACGCCUUGGCUAGCUAUUUGGUUGGUUGCUUGCUUAUUUCGGUUGCUGUUUAAGUCUCAGUCGAUUUUGAAGCUCGUGCGCGUCGCGAUAGUGUUGCAUUCGCAAACGGAACGAAAUUACCGCUAACAACUGAAGUGAUGCACUCAAACUAAUUGUAUGAGUACUUUAAUUGCGGUUUUAUUGGCGUUAAGUGCUAAAAAAUGUGUAAAAAUUUAAACUAAAAUGCGCCUUAAAUAAACCGAUUUGGAGAUGGUUGUAUGUUGCACGCGAAAAUAUGUGUAGAAGAAAUGUGUGAAAGUUUGCCUCUUAAGACUUAUAUUGUGCGGCUAAUCAAAAACGAAAAUGUGACAGAUAUAAAGAGUUUAAUUGACAGCAAUAAUAUUAUUGACAUACACAUAUGAAGUGAAGCGCAAAAAUGGGGUUUCAUUAGGGUGCGACUUAAAAAUUUUAAAAUUAGAAAUAAUUUAAAAAUUUUGCAAACUUCGCUUAUAAAAAUCGUUUUGAAAAAAUGUUGAAAUGUAUUUAAUUUGUUUACUAUAAAAUAUAUAAAAGAUCUGCACUUCAGAUAAUUUGCAUUUUUUCGCUAACUUUCUUAAUUAUGCGGUUUAAAACAUGGUGACAACAAUAAAAAUCACUUGUGACGGUGUAUUCAUACAAUCCAAUUCGUAUCUUACGCCUACAGCGUCUGACAACCCUGUUGCGCAUCAUCGUACGCAUACAAAUAAUAUUGCGCAUCAUUUGCCCACGUCUCAAACAUCGCCAUCAACAACAACGACCGCAACGUCAUUCGCCAUAUGUAGCGACGAUCCAAGCAACUCGGACACUAGUUCCAACGAGUGUGAACACACAUUGCGGCAGAGUUUCAGACACACAAGCUCACCAAAAGUCGCACUCAUAUCGGCCACAAUUAGCAGCUGUAACAAUAUAAACAACAACACUACAUUUAACUCCUAUUCCUCCAACACAUCCUCAUCCUCUUCGCAUUCAUCAUGCAACUCGAACGCAACGCAGCGCCAACGACGUCAGCGGCGCAGUAAUUCCGCCAGUCCACGCGAUUCAUUCAAAUUCAUAACGCCUACAGCUGUUACGUCGAUACCGCACAGCAAAGCGGUAGAUUGCCGUCGUCGCUAUUAUUAUAGCGGCACUGGCAACAGCAACAUUUAUUGGUGUAAGCAGGCUCUCAUCGGCAGCAAUCGUGGUAAAGGCAGCGCUGGCAGUUGUGAGCAUACUAAUAGCGCACAGAAGCGGCGCGCACACACCGCUGAACAUGCGACGUUAACACGGAGCGCCAGUAAUAUUACGCCGCAUAAGGAGUUUCGAAACGCGUCCCCGUCGACUACAGCAGCGACGACGGCAGGUGUGGCCAAAGUGGUGGCGGUACGACGAGAAAGCAAUGACCAGCAGUCGGACGGCGACAAAAGUGGCAACCAAAAGAGUAAUAUAAACAGCAACGGUGACACAGCACUUGCGUUUGCCGCCUGCGAAAAGGCACACACAAAUUUUUAUUACAGCGCCAACAAACCACCAAUAAAUAAUAACUAUAAUGAAGACACUGAUGUUAACGGUAACGGUGGUGGUGACACUCCAGUGAAAGCCGUAGAAAGACAAAGUGACAACAAAAAAAAAUUCAAUCAAAAAAAUAAAAGCGCUAACUGUAGCGUGUUUACUACCAAAGUGAGUUCAUCUCCAAGUUCUAUGUCAGACUGCAAUACGUCGCUGAAUUCCAAUGCCAACUCUAAGCCGAGCGCGCUUGUGAAAUGUGUGUCAACAAAACGUGUAUCGCCCAACGGUAGCGUAUCUUCUGCCGAUACAACACGCCUCUUUAAUUUCCUGCGUGCAGCGCGUAAAUUUUAUCGCAGUGCCGCGAAUAGUGAUCUAGUAGAUGGUUGUCAAAUCACCGCCGAUAUAGUGGAUGGUGGAUGUGCGCAACAGCAGCAGUCAGAGCCGUUUAGGCGUCGUUCUUCAUUGGCGGCCAUCAACGAUCGUCUGGAGAUUGCAGAAUAUAAUAAGACGUCAGCUGAUGCUUUUAGCCAAAUAACGGUGUCUUUAAACGAUGAUUGGUUUGACGAGGACGCUUUAAUUUUGAAAGAAAAUCGUCACCCAAAAGGCUACAGUAAGAAUCAGCACACGUUUAAGGAACUGCAGGCGCAGAUAGAACAACAACAAUCCACCGUAAGUGGUUUAAAGCACACAAGUAAUACACCAGCAGCUACUGCAGCUUCGAAUUCCCGCCGUAGCACUAACGAAAUAACAGCAACUGCCGCAAAUACCCCAAUUCCAACAAACACUAGAACACCAACGACCAAAGUAACCUCAGCAACUCAGCAAAAGCCAAACACACCUCAAAUCAAACAACAGACAGUGCAGCAGCUUAAACAGGGGCAGCAACUUAGUGGCCGCAAUAGCAGUCACAAUAAUAAUAAAUAUAAUACUGCUGCGAUAGAGUAUCACAACAGUGUCGAAAUUUGCGGUGAAGCACCAGCUUCAAAGAAUUCCGCCACACUUGUUGGUAGUGCCACUGCGGCAACUGGAUUAGCGUGUACACGUACAACAACUGGUGUAGUGCCAACGCCAGCGACGUCAACGGCUGUCACGCCGGCGUCGUCGUCUGCGUUCACACCCUCGCCAAAAGCGAGCAAUAUAAAAGUGAUGCACAGUCACGCCACCGCGACCCAACAUAGCGGACAAACAACAGUGGUUGGUCAUCAUCGCGGCUUCUCGCAACCAUCUGUGACAGUGGCGGCCAAUUCAGCAGGCGAUCCAUGGUUUUUACAAUCCACCGGGCAUCAAAUGCCGCCCACAGCGCCUUUGCGACAUAAUAAACGGCCCGCGCCGCAACCCAAUCACGCUAAUAGCUUGGGAGGCGCUGGCCUAGGAACUAGCGUUGGCGUGAGUGCAGGCGGGGGUGGUGGCAUUGCCGGUGCGGGGAGCGUCGGUUUGGCGAACUCUGGCGGCGUUGGUACCAGUUUGUUGCAUCAGCAGCAGCUGAGUCAAUCGCAGCCACACAUUGUACCGCCGAAUAUUCCGCCGCAUCAUCACAACAAUGUGAGUCAACAUCACAACGCAAUCCAUUUGUCCUCGCAUGCACUCAGUAGUCAUAAUUUAAUAUCGACCGCGGUUGGUAGCAAUCAUUCACCAAAAUCACCCAAUCAACAACAACAACAGCAGCAGCAUCAUCAUCAGCAGCAGCAGCAACAACAACAGCAGCAGGCGUCACAAUUGACCGGCUCCAUGCCACAGCCGCAUGCACAUGCACACGUUUUGUCCACCUUUGCACCAACUACCAGUAAUUGUGCGUCCACGGGUGGUGUGACAGCCGCCGCGGUGGCCGCCGUCACACAACAACAGCAGCAGCAGCACUUGCAGUUGCUGGCGAAUGCUUCCAGCAAUAGUAACAAUAAUUUGAUGUCGUCCUCAUUGAAUGCGGCGCAGCAUAGUGCCGCAUUAUCGUUACAUGAGCGCGGCUUACCACCAAAAAGUAGCGCCAUUGUAGCCGGUUUAGGCGUCGGUUUGCACAGCAGCAAUAUGCUGUUGCAUCAAUCACAAGCACCCACAUCGCUUACGAGCAGCCAACAGCAAACGCAAUCGGCGAUAUCGCUGAACACUACUGGCGGCAGUAGUAGUGCUGGUGGCGGCGGUGGUGUGGCUGCUGGUUGCGGUAGCUUAACUGGCACAAGCAUGUCAACAUCCUUGCACAGUUUCGAUAGUGGCAGUUCGACGGGCAAUGCCUGGGCAAGUAAUGCUAACGUAGCCGCGGCAGCUUUGCACUCACCCACUAACGCUUUAGGAGGCGGCAAUCAACACCAUUUACAACCUCAACGCAAAUGUGAGGUUAAACUGAACGCAAUGCCUUGGUUCCAUGGCAGCAUAACACGCGACGAAGCCGAACAUCUGUUGCAACCACGCGAAGACGGUCUCUUCUUGGUGCGUGAAUCGACGAACUUCCCGGGCGACUAUACGCUAUGCGUCUGCUUUCAGGGCAAAGUGGAGCAUUAUCGUGUCAAAUAUUUGGGCAAUAAACUAACCAUUGACGAUGAAGAGUAUUUUGAGAAUCUGGGGCAAUUAGUUGCGCAUUAUGAAGCUGAUGCCGACGGCCUUUGCACACAACUCAUCAAAUGUUUACCCAAGCAGGGGAGGCAGGAGUUCUGCAUUAACUCAAAAGAUUUCCUUGAUAAGGGAUGGGUCAUACCGGAGGCUGAUUUGCAGCUACGCGAAAGCAUUGGCAAAGGCGAGUUCGGUGAUGUGAUGUUGGGUAUACUGCGCAGUGAAAAAGUCGCCGUUAAGAUGCUUAAAGAUGAAGGCGCUGUGCAAAAGUUUUUAGCGGAAGCCUCCGUUAUGACUACAUUAGAGCACGAAAACUUGGUAAAAUUCAUAGGAUUGGUGUUCACCAGCAAACACAUCUACUUGGUAACGGAGUAUAUGAGCAAAGGUUCGCUGGUCGAUUAUUUACGUUCGCGUGGACGGCAGCAUAUUACGAAAAAGGAUCAAAUCAAUUUUGCCUACGAUACCGCCUCCGGCAUGGAGUACUUGGAAGCUAAAAAAGUCGUGCAUCGCGAUUUGGCUGCACGCAACGUACUAAUCUCCGAAGAGUGUGUCGCCAAAGUGUCCGAUUUCGGUUUGGCGCGUGAAGAAUGCUAUAAUCUGGAUGUUGGCAAAUUGCCCAUAAAAUGGACGGCACCUGAAGCGCUCAAGAAUGGUCGUUUUUCCAACAAAUCCGAUAUGUGGAGUUUUGGUAUUUUGUUAUGGGAAAUCUACUCAUUCGGUCGAGUUCCUUACCCCCGCAUACCCCUCAACGACGUCGUCAAACACGUUGAAGUUGGCUAUAAAAUGGAGGCUCCUGAGGGUUGUCCCCCCGAAAUCUACGAGAUGAUGCGUCAGGCGUGGGACUUAAAUCCCUCGAAACGUCCAACAUUUUCCGAACUGAAAGUUAAAUUGUUGCACUUAAAGAACACUACACCAGCGUGAGAGCAUAAUUGCAAUGUACUACGACAGUCAAACAAACUGCAAGCAGCAAACAUUGAAAACAAUCCAAUCCAAUCGAAGUGAGCAACUUAAUUUACCAAGUAAUAAACACAUACAUGCUAUGAUAUAUAUAUAUAUAUAUAUAUAUUAAUAUAUAUAUUUAUGAAUUAUGAUUAAUAUUAUUUACGGUUAGAAACACUUAGGCAAGGGUAAAAAUUAAAAGAAAAGGACAUUUAUUGGUAAGCAUAAACUUGUAAAAUGUUAGGUUUCAGCAAUUUAUUUAAAACUUAGUAUUUGUUUUUAUUUGUAUUGUUUUAAGUAAUGUUUUUGCAAUUUAAUUAAGUUGAAAAUGUAGAAAUAAGCUGGGUAGCGCACUUUUAAACGGUGUUAUCGUAAAUACCUAUUGUGUAAUAAAAGGAAAAUGAUUGCGCUCGAUUCACCAAUGCACGUGCGUACCCGGUGUAAAUUGAACGAUAGCAGCUAGUUGACAAAUUAAAUGCAAAUUAAAAAUUUAAUUUAAAAAAUAUAUCAAAAAGUAAUAGUAUAGAACAUAAAUAUAAAAUUUUGUCUAGUUUUCAUGAUUAUUUAUAUGCGUAUAUUUGUUUUUAGUUUCUAAUUACAAUAACUAUGUUGUACUACAACACUAUUUACUACUACAAUAUCACUAUUUAACACUGCUGCUACGACAAUUGUAUGUUAAGUUUACUUACGUUAUUUAUAUGAAGACACAUUAGCAAACACACACACACACACUAUUUGUUUAAUCUUUUUUUUUAUAAAUAUAUAAUAUUAAUGUGAACCUGUGGACAUGAAUGUAAUAAAAUGUUAAUUUGCGUAAAACCUUUUGUUUGUAGAGAAUAUGUGAGAAUAAUUGAAGUGGCGACAGGAAAUGAGCUAGCUAGCAGUUCACGUAAAAUUAAACAAUAGCAGGGAUAUAAUGACUCGCAUAUUCGCACAUAAUGGUCACACAAACGUAUAAGUAAAUAAUACAGAAUUUUUUUCGUAAUUCAAAAUAAAAACAAAUAAAUUAAGUAAAAAUUAAAAAGGAGUGUAAAUCACAGAAGUGGCGAUUCAGCUGCAUUCCAAAACUAAAUUUUAUUGUAUAUACAAAUAUAGUAUUGCUUAACCAUUAUAAUUAUGCGUCAAUUUGAAUUUUAUGCUACAACGAUAAAAAUAUUUUCAUAUAAAAUUAUUGUACAAUUUCUAUGUAUAGCUGAACAACGCAAAACCAUUUCAAACUUCGAAACAUUUUCCCAAUGUUCUACAUGUGAAUAAGCACAUAUUGUUGCCUUAAUUUCAAUAUACUUAAAAAUUGAUUUCGAACUGCUGCUGAACGCUACCUAUUAAUAAAUUUAUCUGCUUGGGGUUACCACUAAUAUCUUAAAAAAAAAAAGUAUUUACCAUCAAUUGUCUUGUCUCUUCGCUCAAUUUAUACUCAUAUAACGCUACUUUUUUUGUGUAUAAAUGCGUUGAGUGAAAAACUAUUUAAAACAUAAUUUUAACUAAGUUGAUAUGAAUGCAGUUAAGUAAAAUAUAUUUAUAUUAUGUAAAGAGUUUCUAACAACAGCAAAAACCACACACAUAUACAUAUUUACACACAACUCAUCCUCAUAUCAUGAUCAUACAAAAUCCCUAUUUAACAUUAAUUAAUUAUAACAUUUAUGAAAUUAUAUAGGUUAAGAGUAUGAAUGUAUAUGUACAUAACACAUUUCAUUUAUAUGCGCGUAUUUGUUGAAUUGUUUUUACAAAAGUUUAAAUUCGGCAAUUUAAUUAGUGUUCCAAGUCAUGGUUUGGACAACAGAAGGAAUUUCUGGCAGCGCAGAUCUACAUAAUGAAAAAAUUCUUAUUACUGUUCUAACUAUUUGAAAACCUGUUAUAGCAAGCUAUUUUAUGCCACAUGCAAACACAGAUACACACUCAACAUAGGAUUAAUUUCGCAGGCAACUUCUCUUAUAAUGCAUUUCAAAAUAAUCAGAUUGAAUAAUUACGGAAAAGAUUUAAAAGUGAAAAUUAAACUACUCGUAUUUACGACUAAGCAAUAGCGUUACAUAAGAUUUGCACUUGUCAUGAUUCCGUAACGUUCUACACAAUUUCAAACUAUAGUAAAAGUUGUAUUCUUAUUAAUAUUGAAUAUUUUGUUUAGAACAAAUGCAAUUGAUUUAUAUAAAAAUAUAAUUAAUAAUUACAACUAACUAAUGUAUUUCAUAUUGCUUUGCUUCUUUUGAUCAUUACAUUAUUACUUGAUUUCAUGCCCAUUGUCUUACAAUUUAUUUCAUAAAUGUUCACUACACUAUAGAUUUGUUCCGUUGCUCCUUUAAUACGAGUAAAAUCUUUGAAUUCAGCAUUUAGCCUUUAAAAUCGGUAAUAUAGACAUUUUUAAAUAUACACAUAUGCAUAAAUAUGUAAGUGAUUUUAUGAAUAAGCAGCUGCAGUCAUGUUAGGCGGAAAGUAAGUUCUGUAUUGAUAAUAUUUUAUGCGAAGAAUGUCUAAUUUCCAAUAUCUGUUAUAUUUUAAAAUAAAAUUCUUCGAUUUUUACCUUUCAGGUACUUUUUUUAAAUUUGCAUUUACAGUUAAAGUAUUUGAAAAAUUUAAGCACGCUUCUGGAUCGCAUUUCAAAUAAAAUAGAAUAUAUUUUGCAAAGAACAAACCGUAAGCAUACGAAUAACCAAUAUUUCAAGCAGGGCCCAAAGAGGAUUAUCUAGAGAAAAAAUUUAUUUAAUUUUACCAUAUGUAUAUUUUUUGUUGAUGUUACAUGUGCUCGAGUUCAUAUAUGAUAACUUGAUAAUAAUCGGGUCAAGCAGCUAGAGGAAACAUUAUGCAGAUCUUGAAAAUGUUUUUUUUUUAAUUGAUCUUGACCGCUGAGAAGUCUGCAGUAGCAUAAUUAUAAAUUAUAAUAUUACAUGCAAUUAUUGUAAUAAAAUGAUUGUAAUUCAUAAAGGCAACAACUGCAGUGAAUUGUUAUAGAAAAAAUCGGCAACAAAUUUUUGCGGAGCAGCGUGUCUGUGCACAGCUUAAAAAAAAAUAAGUAAUCAUUAACGCUCAAACCGUUACGACUCUCUUUAAUUAUUAUAAUUUAAAUUAUUAUUUAAUUACGACAAUCAAUUGCAUCUGUUCACAAAAACUAAACUAAAACUAUUUACUAUCUGUCAAAUGUCUUUAUUCAUUAGCACUCUUAAAACAAACGGAAUCUUUAAAUUUUUGCCAAUUGAACGGUGAAAAAAUUGUAUUAUAACCAAUAACAAUAAAAUACAAUAUAAAAGUAACAUGUUCACAUACCAAAUAUAUGUAAGCAUCAAUACAACAUUGCUUUAGCGAGUGUGUGUAGU